AUGUUAACAACAAAAUUAUUAUUUUCAUUUGCUGUUUUAGUAUUGCAAGUGUAUUUUGCUAGUGCGAUUGAUGAUAGUCAUGCUUGGGGUUACGAGUGCAUAAACAGUAGAUGUGAAAAAAUACAAAUCACACCAGCAAACAAAGAAACUAUCUUAGAUCUAAGAGUUUGUCGGCUUUAUUGCUAUGAUGAUAUUGGAACCUUAUGGCCAAAACCAACAAGAAAUGUGACAUUCUUGAAAUCAGUCACAGGCGUCAAUCCAAAUUACAUAAAAUUCACUACAGAAAGUUUCAAGAAUAAUGAAUUUUUUGAAGUGGCAAAGGAAAGAUUCAUUGCUAUGCAGAAGAAUAAAGUCAAAAACUACACUCUUGGUGGGUUAGAUUUGAAUAUUGCGAUAACUGCAGAAAAUGAUGACAUGGAGCUUAACUAUGACGUUUAUGAAGGUUACAGCAUAACAAUUAUUUCAAAUACUAAUGCAAUCGAAGUUAUGAUUAGUUCUAAGAAUUUCUUUGGUGCUAGACAUGCUUUGGAAACUUUGUCUCAAGUAAUUGUGUAUGAUGAGCUAAAUACAAAAUUAGUAGUCUUAGCGGCUGCAAACAUACAAGACGAACCGAAGUUUAAACAUCGAGGAAUCUCCAUGGACACUUCAAGAAAUUUCUAUCCUGUCAACAUCAUUAAGAAAACAAUCGACGGAUUAGCAAUGGCGAAGUUAAAUUCAUUCCACUGGCAUAUUACUGACUCACAAGCAUUUCCAAUGGAAGUUAAGUCACAUCCUGAUUUUACUAAGUACGGCGCUUACUCAAAAAGUAAAAUUUACACUGCUGACGACAUUAAAGAUGUUGUAAAGUUCGCUAAGUCUCGAGGAGUUCGUGUUAUUCCUGAACUUGAUGCACCUGCUCAUAUUGGCGAAGGCUGGCAAAAGAAAUUGGAUCUUACUACAUGCGUAAACUACAUGCCGUAUUUGGAUUAUUGUUGGCAACCACCAUGUGGACAUAUGAAUCCAAUAAAAGACGAACUUUAUGAUGUCCUUGAAGACAUUUAUCGGGAAAUGUUGGAAUCAUUCACUCCUCCUGUGUUUCAUAUGGGCGGUGAUGAAAUUUUCUUCAGUUGCUGGAACACAAGUAAACCUCUUCAAGAUUGGAUGUUAAAUAAAAACUUGACGCUUGAUCAUGAUGGAUUUCUUGAACUUUGGGGAUAUUAUCAAACAAAUGCAUUGAAAAGAAUGGAUAAAGUUGGUGGAAGUAAACUUCCAAUCAUGUUGUGGACUAGUGAAUUGACAGAAGAACCAUUCGCAAGCAAAUUUCUUGACAAAGACAGAUAUGUGAUUCAAAUUUGGACAACUGGAGAUGACCCUAAAAUUCAAAGAGUUCUCAAUAGUGGAUAUAAAGUUAUUAUUUCCAAUUACGAUGCAUUUUAUCUUGAUUGUGGUUUUGGUUCAUGGGCUUAUGAUGGACUUAUUUGGUGCUCACCAUAUAAUGAAUGGCAAAAAGUUUAUGAUAAUGAUUUGAAUGGCAUGGGAGGUGAACGAAUUGAUCAAAUUCUGGGAGGAUCUGCUACAAUUUGGUCUGAAUCAAUCGAUGAACACAAUCUAGACUCUAAAAUAUGGCCAAGAGCGUCAGCAUUAGCUGAAAGAUUGUGGACUAAUCCAAAAGAGCACUGGAGAAAUGCUGAGCCAAGGUUUUUAAUGCAUCAAAUGUAUCUAAAGUCAAGUGGCGGUCUGGCUUCUGAAGUUUUACAACCUGAAUGGUGUGUCCAUAAUGAAGGAUUAUGUCAGCUAUAA